AUGUCAGUGAUUAUAAAUUUAUCUCAUAUCAUAUUAAAACAAAUAAUUGAAUAUCUAAGUGAUAAUAUCGAUCGAAUAUGUUUCAGUUUAACAUGUAAAAGAUUCUUUCAUGAGAGAGAGAAGUAUUUGACGUUCUGUGUUGACCAAAGCAGUAAACUCUUUCUUCUAUUGGGAAGAAAGUUAAGGUUUUAUAUGAAGUCUUACUCUGCGCAACUCGACCACUCAUUAAACUCAAAGAGUCCUUGCUAUCUCCACAUAGGCUCAACCUCAAGAAAAACAACAGAUUAUUAUAUUCAUGAGAGGAGAUUAAAGAACUAUGAAAUACCUGAAACAGUUCAAACCAUUGAAAUUGAAGAUUCUAUGAAAGAGUGUUAUUUAAAAGAACUAAGUUUAUUACUCGAGAAAUCAAAUCUAACUCUUGACGGUAGGUGUAAGCCAAUGUUCACACCAGACACUCAAAACGAUUUCGAUGAGUUGGUGAUAAGAGGUAUACAAUUGUACGAAACCAUCGAAUAUCUAAAAGUGAAGAAAUUGAAUCUCAAGUCGUACUCUGGCAUUAGGGAAUUGGUUUGUCCAGAUCGAGUGCUGUUACGUGGUGUGGAAUCGAUUGAACUGCAUAUCUUUAACUUCUCUUCAACAAUUGAAUUGAAAACCGAUGUUCAACCUCCAAUUCUAUUCAAACAUCUAAUGGCAGCAAAUUUCUACAAUUCCUGCAAUAUCUCACUUUUACUCAGAAGAUCCACUCUUUUCUCAGAGUAUACCGUCGUGUCUUCCGAUGAAAAAUACUACAACUACCAAAUAAGAGAGAUAUCCACAGGAUACUACUGUCUAUUUGGUACAUCAUCAAAUCAGAUUGUAUCUUUGGUAUCUGUUAAAUUUAGUAUUUACACUCAAAUUUGUUAA